AUGAAUUACCAGACCAUCAGCAUGGAAGGCGAUGCCUCCGUGCCCCAUCAUCGCACGGUCGACCGGCCGUCAUUAACAGACCCGCCCGCAGAGCCCUUGGACGACGUACCGCCGAGCCCACUACGAACCCCGACUACCUCCGCGCAGAGCUUCACCCCGCGCUCACUAAUCGUCGGCCUGAUAAUCGGCGCUCUAAUCACCUUCUCAAACACAUAUUUUGGCCUACAGACAGGAUGGAUCAGUACGAUGGCUAUGCCUUCUGCUUUGAUCGGGUUCUCGGUCUUCAAGGUCCUUACCAAGUACCUGUCGUUCCCGUUUACACCGAUCGAGAAUGUCCUGAUCCAGACUGUAGCCGGUGCAGUGGGUACAAUGCCGCUGGGAUGCGGCUUUGUAGGUGUGAUUCCCGCUCUUGAGUUCUUGCUGAGGGAUGGUGAAGAUGGACCACUUGGAGAUGGCGGGGAAGGUGAAGGCGGCCCUCUAAGGCUAGGCUUCGGGAAAUUGGUGGUCUGGAGUCUUGGGGUUUGCUUGUUCGGAGUGGUAUUUGCUGUCCCACUGCGAAAGGAGGUCAUUGUGCGUGAGAAGCUGCGCUUUCCAAGUGGUACCGCCUCCGCCCUGAUGCUACGGGUUUUGCAUGGUGCGGGGAAGGACGAGAAGUCUCCUAUAUCGGCCCAGCGUCAGAGCAGUGAUAUGGAUGGCGAAACCAGAGCAAUCGAUCAACACAAUGGGGAGGAGGAGACAGGCCCUUUGCUUAAAUAUACCGAUACCGAGGAUCAGACAGAGGAUCAGAAGGAUUGGCGGUCCAAAAUGCGUCUGUUAAUAGGCGCAUUCGUAGUAUCAGGCGUUUAUACCCUCUUUUCCUACUUUGUCCCUUUUGUUCGUGAUAUCCCCUUAUUUGGAGUGGGGAUUGCGCAUAAUUGGCUAUGGACCCUCAACCCGUCACCAGCCUAUAUCGGCCAAGGCAUUAUUAUGGGACCCGAAACCUGCAUGCACAUGCUAUUUGGAGCGGUGAUAGGCUGGGGCAUCCUCUCACCACUUGCCAAAGCUCGUGGAUGGGCCCCUGGGCCCGUGGAUAGCUGGGAAGACGGAAGCAAAGCCUGGAUCGUUUGGAUUUCGCUAGCUAUCAUGCUUGCCGACUCUCUAGUCAGCCUAGGAUGGCUUGUCACUAAGCCAUUGGUCAAUCGUGCGCCUGCAUGGCUGGCUUACCUCCGCUCAACUCGAAUUGCUCGAUGGAUCUCUCUACGACUUCAACCUGGCGAUCAUUCGUACAUCGAUUACUCCUCGCUAGACUCAGAUCAUGAGCCACUACACUUAGAGGACCACGAAAAUGACCCCGACCACGCCACUCACUGGGUGACACCUACAGCAGAAGACGAGGACGCCCCGCCCUCUCAGUUGAUUUCCAACCGCACAGUCAUGAUCCUACUCCCACUUACCCUAGUCCUAAACGUCGUCUGCAUGCACUACGCCUUCGGCGACAUCAUAUCCCCAUGGCUAUCAACACUAGCCACCCUCCUCGCGGUGCUCUUAUCAAUAAUGGGCGUACGAGCCCUGGGCGAAACAGAUCUGAACCCAGUAUCCGGCAUCAGCAAACUAACCCAACUCCUCUUCUCCCUCGCCACGCCAGCAUCCCACUUCUCCCGCCGAACCGCACUAGUAACCAACCUCCUCGCCGGCGCCGUCUCGGAAUCAGGCGCACUCCAAGCCGGCGACAUGAUGCAAGAUCUGAAAACAGGCCACCUCCUCGGCGCAAGCCCUAAAGCCCAAUUCUACGGCCAGAUGAUCGGCAGCGUUGUCGGUGCCGUCCUUUCCACAGCCGUCUACAAGAUGUACGUCAACGUCUACGAGGUUCCCGGCGACAUGUUCCAGACACCAACGGCGUUUGUGUGGAUCUUCACUGCGCGGCUCGUCACUGGCCAAGGUCUUCCUGAAAUGGCAUGGCAGGCAUCUUUCGUCGCGGGAUCAAUCUGGGUCGCGCUGACAGCCGCGCGUAUUUUCACCGCUUCACCUUCCUUUGCGCAAAACGGUCAACUGCCAGCUUGGCGGUCUUGGAUUCCGGGUGGAAUUGCCGUUGCAGUGGGAAUGUUCAAUGUUCCUUCUUUCACUCUUGCCAGGGCUAUUGGUGGUGUCAUUGCUUGGUGGUGGGCAAGAAAGCACGCAACGUCCGCGAAUAGUCGUCCUGGAUCCAGCAGAGCUGGCAUGGAGAGAGGUUCUACGCGCAGUGAAUCCGGAUCCCCUGAGCAGGUAGCUGAAAAGGCGGAUGUGGCUUCUUCAACCGUCGUUGUUCUGGCGUCGGGCCUGAUACUCGGCGAGGGAAUCAUGAGUAUAGUGAAUCUGCUUCUGGCAAGUGGUAAGGUGCCUCAUCUUUGA